UUCUCCUAGUUGGUCUGCCAUGUCAGGAGCGGUACAGCUGUGACAGUCAGCAGCUCUUGUAGGAGAUACUGGUAGGAGGCAUUACAACUUGGCUAUUUCGAUGGACAUACAGUAGUAGGACACGCGUAUCAACAGGUGACAUGGAAUGGAAGAUUUUCUAACAAUGCACAAACGGGUAUUUUUCUUCCAGCUUUUGACUACUCAGGAACAAGCUUUGCUGUACAACAUGGGCCCAAGCAGGCAGACAACAAUGGUUGCUGGCUCCUUUAGUUGAUGGGAAUAUCCACAACGGCCGGCUUCUUCGGCUCUGGUGGCUUGAACUUGGGCACCGUCACGGCCAGGUAGGUCCGCGAUGAACUUGAAGGCCUCGGGAGUCUCUUUCACGUCGACGGCAGUUGACGCCAUGGCGUGGCUGUCCUUCACGAAUCUUGAAGUGGGAGCAUCGAAGAGUGUGCUGAACUCGUCUGGAAUAUGCGACAGCCGGAAGAGGGAGUUGAGCAGCGGAUCGUUCGAAAACGGUGUGAGCGCCAUUCCGUUGAAUGUUUCUGCACACGAGAGCGUACUAGUGAGUGAGAGAGCAGUGAGUGGGAGAUCGCAGUAAUUGAUCGUUGGUUAUGUGAUAAAGCACAGUCGAAGACAACCUUUAAACGAAUAAAGGCUACUAUGUUUGAGAAGGCGGUUCGCUGCCCAGCUACUUGUGUUUCGAGAACCAUGACUCUAGAGUUUCCUCGUGACAUCUAGACACUCGAAGCAGCGAGACUUGAUCCGGUCUAGAAGCCUCCUGUGAAAGCUGGACAGGAACCUUUAGAAGAGCCAUGCCAUGGCUCCGAUUGGCGAGCGCAAGAAACGCCUAGAAGGGCGGUGCCGUGGCUUCUGGAAUGCUGUGUCCGUGUGCUGACUCUUCAGUUUGGAGAUCUCUAGAAUAUGGUCUAUACGUAUACAGCAAACAAGUAUUUCCAACAUUAUACAUGGGAAC